UCAAUGGCAUAAACGCAUCGCUGCCAUCACCUAACGCAACGCGUCGCUCAGACGCAAAGACGAGAGAAACCGGAACAACAAAACCGCAUAGGGAGAACAAGGGUGAGCACGGGAGCUUUUUCUUCUAGUUUGUAAGUGGACCGCGACGGGUGAAUACGUGUAGCGAGAAAUUUAGUAAUAAUAAGUUCAGUUUUGUUAAAAUACAAUUCGGUCGUGUUAUUAUUUCCGGAAUCGAAGGCCCUGAAGGAAGUUACAGUCCGCUUUACCCCGUAUUAAUCCACCUCUGAAAAAGUGUCCGCGUUGAAAAUUGGUGGAGUGCCAACAUUUUGGUCCAAUCGAACCAGAUGGUCGCCAUCUUGGAAAUCGAUUCCGGGAGUAAAAAGUGAUCGAAACGUGCUCGUGAUUCGUGUGGACUUGCCGCGGCCCGAAGAAAAUGUACAGUGUUACCGUUGACCAAGCGUGUCGUAAAUACUCGUAAAUGUGUCGUGCGCGUUUCUGGUGAGCCAAGGAACGGCACGAGGGAAUCCGAACCUGAAUUCUAAAUACAUUCCCAACAAUGUACUCCCGGCGAGCCGGAGAAAUUCCAUAACCAGUGUGAAACAGUGUUGCGAGCAUUGCCAUUAUCCGUGCGGCACGGUAGUGAAUCAAGCGAUUAUACUGUGGCCGAACUGGAUCUGUGUCUCAGAACAGUUCAUUCCUGGGUAGCGAUACCGUCGCUCAACCCUACACCAAUGGGUGAUGUGGCGUAAGCUGUUUAGUGGUGAAGAAGAAGAAGGCGAAGAGCAACCGUUCUCUAGUAAACUAAAAGUGAAAGAAGAAGAAUAUAGUCCAAAAAUGGCCGAAGAAGAAAUACUAGUGCAUAAGCGUGGUCUAGUGAGGGGCAAAGUUACGCGCAUUCGAAAUUGCUUGAGGAAACUGGAAGCGGAUCUGCAGCAAGCGUCUUUGCCCCAAAUCCGAGUGUUUGCGAAGAACAUGGAUAUGCAUUAUAAUGAAUACAAUCAAGUGCAAGAUGCAAUUCUAAGUGUGUGUGCGCCGUCCGUGAGAGGAACGCAUGAAGAAAAGUAUGAAGAAUUUGAAGUGCUUUUUAAUGAAACCAGCCUAAUCAUCGAGCGUUUGAAGGAUGCAUUAUUGGCACCCCAACCAGAGCAUGCUGUUGUACCCGUACAAGCAGCUGGCCAGCAGCAAGUUAUCGUGCAGCAGCAGGCACUUCGAGCUCCAUUUCCAACGUUCGAUGGAAAAUACGAGAACAGGCCGAGAUUUAAAGCGAUGUUCCAGGACCUCAUGCGCCGUUCACCAGAUUGUGACGCUGUCAAACUGUACCAUCUGGAGAAAUCCUUGGUUGACAGUGCUGCAGGCGUGAUCGAUUCCCAGACUCUGCAGGACAAUAACUAUGCUCAAGCUUGGCAAAUAUUGGAGGACCGUUUCGAAAACGAACGGUUGAUCAUCGAUAACCACAUCCGUGGACUGCUCAAUCUUAAGCGAAUGAGUAAGAAAUCGUCAAAAGAGCUACGCCUGUUGGUGGACGAAUGCAGCCGUCACGUAGAGAGCUUGAAGUUCUUGAAGCAGGAACUUCUAGGAGUUUCUGAAUUAUUUGUCGUAAACCUUCUUACGUCCGCUCUCGAUACGGAAACUCGUGAGUAUUGGGAGUCAACCCUGGCGCAUGGUGUACUUCCAGAAUACAAAGAUACGAUUGGUUGGCUUAAACAACGGUGCCUUGUCCUUGAAAGGUGCGAAUCGGCCAGCUCUGCUUCAGUGGUCCAAAAAUCUCUGGCGAACGCCAAAACAGGUGCCUCUCUCAAGCCGGUUGCAAGAUCAUCCAACGCUGUCACAUCACAAGGCGAAGUAGUUUGUGAACUAUGUAACGGUCCGCAUUUGAAUUUCAAGUGCACAGAAUUUCGCAACAUGACCGUUGCCCAACGCUACGCGAAAGUACGUGAGGCCAACGUUUGCUUCAAUUGCCUUCGGAAGGGUCACCGUAGCAGUAAUUGCCAGUCGGAAAGAACGUGUUCGAAGUGUUCCGCCAAGCAUCAUACGAUGCUGCACCCACAGGAGUCAACGGCUAUCCCGGACCAACCUGCUCCGAACGCCAUUACGGUUGUAGCUCCGGCGCAAGCCAAUGCGAACAGCAUCAGCAGUCCUGCACCAAGCGAUCCAGAAACAUCUUCAAGUUCCAACGCGUCGGUCAACGUUUCCCGAUGCAAGUCUUUUCCAGCAGUGAAAGAGGUUUUGCUGCUAACGGCCAGAGUCAACCUUUUGGACGACAGUGGUCGUUCUCACUCCUGUCGUGCGCUUCUGGAUUGCGCAUCCCAAGUGUGUCUGAUUUCCCAGGAUAUGGCCAAUAAACUGGGGAAGAAAACAUGGCCAACCAACACCGAAGUCUUCGGCGUGACCGGUCGCCAGAGCACCAGCAAAGGUAUGGUUGUGACCGUAACGUCCAACUACGGUGAGUACCAAUUCAACAUUCCUUGUCUCGUGAUGCCCCAAGUGAGCGGCAUUAUUCCAACGAGAUCGAUCGAGACCGAGCAGUGGUGUUUCCCAGCCGAUAUGGUUUUAGCUGAUCCAGAAUUCUUCAUCCCGAGUAGUGUUGAUCUCUUAAUCGGCAACCAAUUCUUCUUCUCCUUGUUGAAAUCGGGUCAAAUCAGAAUUGACGAUGAACAUCCCUUGUUGCAAGAAACCGUCUUUGGGUGGGUGGUCGCUGGACCAACAGAUUUUGGUCACAAUCGUGUCGUCUUCUCCCAUGCUGUUACGACGAAAGAGUUGGAUGAACUGAUGCAGAAGUUUUGGGUAGUCGAGGAGCUUGCCCCAGUUUCGCCGUAUACCACCGAAGAGCAGCAGAUUGAGGCCCAUUUUGCGUCCACCCAUCGCCGCGAUGAGUCUGGUAGGUUCGUAGUGCGGCUUCCAUUUCGAGAAUCCCAUGGUGAACUCUCCAACAAUCGAGCAUUGGCAUUAAAGCGGUUCCACAUGCUUGAAAAGCGAUUUGAGCGUGAUGCUGAGCUGCAGAAACAGUAUUCAGACUUCAUAGCCGAGUACGAAGCUCUUGGACACUGCAGAGAGGUCGAUGAGAAAAAUGAUCCAGCUAGUCAACAAUGUUAUUACUUACCGCACCACGCGGUUUUAAAGCCAUCGAGUUCCACUACCAAACUUCGAGUGGUGUUCGAUGCCACGGCCAGAUCGUCAGAAGGUGUUGCGUUAAACGAUGUUCUCCAGGUGAAGGUUGAUCCACGUGACACCUGUUUCCAGCGUAUUUUCUGGCGCAAUAAACCAAACGAUCCGCUACGCAUACUGGAGUUGUGCACCGUCACGUACGGUACUGCGUCAGCUCCAUUCUUGGCCACCAGAGCUCUAGCCCAACUCGCCGAAGAUGAGCAAGCAGACUUUCCCGAAGCAGCGCAGGUGAUUCGUAAAAAUUUCUACAUCGACGAUGCUUUGACAGGGGCAGCCACCGCUGCUGAAGCCAUUCGUUUGCGAGAGGAUUUGCAGAACUUGCUUGCUCGAGGAGGAUUUGUCAUCAGGAAGUGGUGUUCGAAUUCUUCAGCGGUUCUGGCAGAUAUACCUGAGGAAGAUAAGGAGAGGCUGGUAAAAAUCGACGAUUGCAACGACACAGUGAAAACGCUAGGUAUGCUAUGGGAUCCGCACAACGACGAAUUUCGCUUUUUUGCUGGGGUAUUCGAUGUGGACACAACGAAGCCUGUCACGAAACGUUUUGUGUUGUCGCAGAUUUCUAAAUUGUUCGAUCCAAUUGGUUUUGUUGCUCCAGUGAUCGUUCUGUUCAAGGUGCUGAUGCAAACCAUUUGGGCGAGGAAAUUGGAUUGGAAUACGCCUCUUCCUGACGACCUUUUGGCACAGUGGCUUCAAUUACGCGAAUCGCUGAGCUCCUUGAAUUCCAUCAAGAUUCCGAGAUGUGCUAUAUCAGACAACGUUCAGCGGUUCGAGCUCCACGGUUUUGCGGACGCUUCAAAGACUGCCUAUGGAGCAUGCAUCUACCUACGGUCCGUGAGCGUUAAUGGAAGCGUCGACUGUAGGCUGUUGUGUAGCAAGUCACGGGUAGCUCCACUCGUUGAAAUGACCAUCCCCAGAUUGGAGUUAAGCGCAGCAUUACUAUUGGCUCGGUUAGUGGUGAAGGUAAUCCCAUUGUUGGAGGUUCCGAUACGCCGAACAGUUUUGUAUUCCGACAGUCAGAUUUUGUUGGCAUGGAUGAAAAAAUCGCCCGGCCAACUGCAACAGUAUGUGCGCAAUCGGAUCGUCGAGAUAAACCAAAUCACUGCGGAUUUUUCCUGGGAGUACAUCCGCUCAGAGGACAACCCCGCUGAUGUCGUUUCGAGAGGCCAGCUUCCAUUGGUCUUAAGCAGCAACCAGAAGUGGUGGAAGGGAUACCGAGUGCUACUAGAGUCCGAUCAUCUGCCUGCCACCUGUGAAGAAAUAAGUGAUGAUGAGUUGCCAGAAUUGAGAGCAGAGACGUUCGUGAACCUUGCAACAAUCGACAGUCUACCAGUGUUCAAGGCAUUCAGUUCCUUCCGUAAGUUACAGAGAGUUGUGGCGUACAUUCUUCGAUUUGUUCGGAACUGCAGAAUCGCAGCAUCGCAGCGUCAGCAGUCAAAACAGUUGACUGUGUCAGAAAUGCAAAUGUCUUUAGAGACCAUUGUUCGAGCAAUUCAACGUAUGGAGUUUUUCGAGGAAAUACGAAGGGUUUUGUCCAACGAACCGUCGAAGAGAUUUGCUACACUGUGCCCAAUAAUCGAAAACGGUAUUUUGCGCGUAGGUGGUCGUUUGCAGAACUCGAAGCUGCCGUUCAAUGCUCAACACCAAAUGAUGCUUCCUAACAACCAUCCGAUAACCGAACAAAUUAUUCGUACACUACACGAAGAGAAUCGACACGUUGGGCCCUCCGGUCUACUAGCCAUUGUGAGGCAGAAAUUUUGGCUGCUAAACGGUCGCUCAACAGUCCGAAAGGUGAUACGCUCUUGUAUUCCGUGUUAUCGAACUAAACCCAGAAAAAUACAGCAACUGAUGGGAAACUUGCCUGACUUUCGCGUAACCCCUGCAAUGCCGUACGAAUAUACCGGAGUAGAUUAUGCAGGACCAGUCCAGGUGAAGGAAGGAAAGUAUCGACCGAAGAUCAUCAAGGGUUACAUUGCUGUAUUUGUAUGUCUUGUGACGAAAAAUAUCCAUUUGGAGCUUGUGUCCAGCCUGACUACCGAGGCGUUCUUGGCAGCCCUUGAUCGGUUCGUGAACCGUCGUGGAUUGACUCGGAUGAUUCUGUCCGAUAACGCCACCAAUUUUAGUGGUGCCUCUGCAGAACUACAUGAGCUCUACCAGCAGUUUCAAAAGGAGAUGGUAUUGAACAAAAUCAACGAUCUGUUACUGCCACGAGAAAUCGAAUGGCGGUUCAUACCACCACGAGCCCCGAAUUUUGCUGGUUUAAUGGAGGCGGCUGUGAAAAGCGUCAAAACCCACAUCAAACGCACACUGCAGAAUGCUACCUUGACAUUUGAGGAGUUCGCUACGGUGCUGAGUCACAUAGAAUCAAUCCUGAAUUCACGCCCGCUCUACGCGAUGUCGUCCGACCCAAACGAUCCGUUGCCUAUCACACCAGCUCACCUACAGCUAGGACGUGCUAUCGAGCCAGUUCCCAAACCUUCACACUUGGAAAACCUGGUCGAAGGAAUAUCUGUCAACUUUGCAGACCCGAGAGAAAUGGACGAAGACAACUGCAAACGUCGUUCCUGGUAUGGUAGUAUUGCUAAUUGA